UGCAGCUGACAGGUGAAGGUGAGGCAAGACCGCUGGCGGGGCGGUGAGAGGGCGGGGCGAGGCUUUAGCAGCGCACCUGUACAUCGCCACACCUGCAUGCUCCUCACACCUCAUAUUGGGCUAUGUGAGACACGCUAUCUGUCUGAGUGUCCCGCUGUACGGCCCAAUCCGGUCCCUGUCCCAGCCUCUCCGCCUCGUCCUUCCUAAGGCUGGACAUGCCCACACCAGCAACCUUGCAGCAGCAGCAAUAGGACGCUCACUCACCGCCGUGAUGGCCUGGAUGAACGGUGUGGCGGUGGGCCAGGCUGCCUAUCAGCCCACCAGUGUGGAACACUGGGCCAAUAUGGUCACUCAUGGGCUGUUUGUACUGCCGGCUAUUUAUGGAGCAGUGUUCAUGGUGACAGCUGCUCACUGUAGCCUCCACCAGCUGGCUGCUGCCAUUUAUGGCUUGGGGCUGGCUGGGCUCUUCAGUGUGUCUACCUUCUUCCAUAUUGUCUUCUACCUUGGCUAUUACAAGAAACUGAAGGAGGUGCUCCACCGGGGUGACCGGGCCAUGAUCUAUGUCUUCAUAGCCACAUCCUACACCCCUUGGCUCCUGCUCCGCCCUCUUCCUCAAGAUUCAUGGACACUACAUCUAAGGUGGGGCAUCUGGGUGCUGGCUGUGGUCGGCAUUCUGUACCAGCAGAUGUUUCACGAGAGAUUCAAGAUGCUGGAAACUGUGUUCUACCUUGUGAUUGGCAUCAUGCCCUCCAUGGCAGUAAUGAAUAUGGAUGAUCGCUCAGGAUUGGCAGAGCUCAAGUUAGGUGGUGCCAUCUACGUGUUGGGCGUGGUGUUCUUCAAGCUGGAUGGGCGUGUGCCACUUGCACAUGCCAUCUGGCACCUUUUUGUGGUGCUGGCCGCUUUCAUCCACUACUAUGCAGUCCUCACAUACCUAAUCCUGCCCCAGGCUGGUAUGGAGGAAGCCGAGGCCUGGACACAGGGUGAGGGACAGUGUGAUGCAUCAGCCUUGCAUGAGUGUCCAUUACUGUAGGGACAUAAGAGUCAGGUUUACUACACUGCUAUCUUGUGGCCAAAUUGUUAAGUAUUAAUCCUCAGGUAAAGCCCCAAAGCAGUGCCAGCCAAGGUGCCUGGCCCAUGAUUGGCAGAGCUGCAGCAAUUCUAUAACAGUAACAAUGGAACCAAGUCAGUGCCAUAUCAAGUGGCAGUUUAUCAGCAGUUGUUUUACUUGUUGUUAUAGUCUUGGGAUCUGGUAUUGGCAUUAUCAUGAUGGUAUUGGUAAUAUGGAGUUUUUGUACCACAAGCCACAUGUUGCCCAUUUCACUUUUUUUUUAAAAACCUGUGUGUGUUGUGUAAUGGACAACAUGGCAAUAGGAAGUUUGUAAGAUUUUUUACUAAAGGAGAGUUAUUUUUUUAAGAGUAAAAUUGCUUGGGUAGCUAGACUAGCCAGUACAAAGAAAGGUAAUGAUGCAGAACAGAUUUAGAGCACUAGUAGAGCAUUGGGAACAUGAAGAUUUUUGAGGAUGACCAUCUCAUAUUUAUGGGAAGGUAAAGUAUUGUGGCAGACAGGCAACAGCUGUAUUUGAUAAUGUAAUUUGGCCAUAGCAGUCUAUGUAGAAAUGAAAAGCAGUAUACUUGGACAUUAAGGUAUUUUUAUCAGUAUUUAUUGACUAUAUUGAUUUCAUAUAAGAGAAAUGAGGUCAAAGCACUGACAUUCAGUCAGACAUUGAGGAUAUUGUAGCAGGUAGCUAUGUUCAGUACUUGGGUCUGUCCAAGGCACCACUGGAACUUAUCCUCACUUAUUUGUAUUGUUAUUGUGUUCAUGAUCAGUGGAAACAGUCAACACACUAAAAAUGACUGUGUUUGAAUGUGAAUUGAUUGAUGUUUUAUUGAGAAGUAUGGUCCAUUUAACAGUGGUGUUACAAGGAUAAUUUGUGGCUGUUAUGAGAUGGCAGUGCAAUGUUGUUCUUUUCAAGUAUUUUCAAUAUAAUAACAUCUUGCUUCAGAAGAGAAGUUUUGCAAUUACUGAAUAAUCUGAGCAGCAUUUUAAGCAUACAUUUGCUGUUGGAAUAAUGCAGAUGUCAGAAAUAAGCUAGACUAAUGGUUUACUGUGUACCUUAGUUAUACCCUUGUGCAUGAUUUCUUAAUCCAAAAGGGCUCUACCCUCUUGGCCAGGUUGUUGGUACAAACCACUGCACACCCAUCGUAAUAACACCCUCAGAUUUAUUUAUUGAGACAAUCACCCAGUGAGAUAUCUUCUUCAGGAAUUUUAGUCUUGGUGUUCUAGAUGAAGACACCAGACACCCCACAAUGUUGUGAUGCAUUUUUAGUAUUAGUGAGCAGACCCAGUCAAAGGCUGCCUCAUGCCCAUAGAGCAUGACUUAUUAGUUUUCCUAUAUCAGUUAUAGCUUCAUCUGGGAAUGGAAGUUAUUGGAGAGUGACAGAGUGUCUGUAUUUUUGUAUUUCACAAAUUGGAACUUUGAGAAUUAAAAACUCACUUUGUACUGUACAUUGAACCAGUGUACUCUUGCCAUGACUCUUUGUGAUAACAAUUUAUGUCACUUUUAAGGAAGAAUACUUGUCACAAAUUACAGUAUCCAGAAAAGUACUAUUCAAGCUUGGCUUUAAGGAUUGUUCUAAACUUUCAUAGGAAAGGUGAAACCACAAACAAGGGAAAAAGGCUGUUUGGAAGAAAAACAAAUUUGCUCUUAAAAUUCUAGAAUAAUACAGUAAAGACUUGUGGGCAUUGUCUUGGCACUGUCCCUAAAACACAACCAAAAAACUGUUCACAUAGAAUUUUUAACACAAGUUAAGGUCAUAAAUUAUAAUGAUGCCAUCUGUAUCAGAAUAAACAAAACACCAAAGUAGGGUAGAAAAUCUACUGGGAGCAAUCUUGUCAAAUGACAAAGAUUUGAUAAUUAGAUACUAUGAGCCUCCAGGAUGUCGCAGGAACUAAGCCUUGGAGAAAUAUGUAAGGGGACCAGAGAUCACCUUCAGGCAGGGACUUUGGAAACUCCAGGUGACAAAAAUUGAUGACAGCCUGGGAAAGAACAUUUCCAGGAAAACUUUGUGACCUUUACAAAGUACUAAUUUUUAGCUACAAUAGUGGCAACAACUAUGACAGAUCUUUGUAAUGGUGCUUGGAGAAGACUGGCUCUUAGUUAUUUUUCAUUUCCUCAAGUGCUUACUCAUCUUUGUACUAAGAGGCUUAUAAUUGAAGAUUUAAGAACUGACCAUUCCCUUGAUCCAAAGCUAGUAGUAAUGUAAAGGUCCAAACAAUUAUCAUGAACAAUAUAUAUAUAUAUAUAUAUAUAUAUAUAUAUAUAUAUAUAUAUAUAUAUAUAUAUAUAUAUAUAUAUAUAUAUAUAUAUAUAUAUAUAUAUAUAUAUAUAUAUAUAUAUCAUGUUUUUAAUAUGAUAUCUGAAAAUUACAAAUAGUGGAAGUAGAGUUAUGUAAAUACUUGACAUCAUAUGCCAUCUGGCUGCUCACCAUUUCUGUGCAUGAUCAUAUCAUAAGGCAAGGCACAGUGGAAUGCAAGUGGGAUGCAAGAAGACAAUUUCCACUGAAAUGGAAAGAUAGAGUGCUUGAGUACAAGAGGGAAAAGGAGACUGAGAGGACUAUAGCACACAAGGGCAGACAUAAAUGGAAAGACUUUUAUCAUGGCCAUUCUCUAUUGGAAGUUGGCAGAUAGAUACCAUAUGAGAAAGUGUAUCAUGUUUCUUUUCUUCUCCAUUACUUGUAUUAGGGAGAGGCUCUGUCAAGUGGAGUAACAUUCUGCUAUUGGUGGGAUACUGCCUGCAGCAAGUGCCCAUAAUUUGCCACUACAAGGUGGUACCUCAGUGUGGUGGUGGAUGCAUGCAGACUAUCACUAGGGCUGAGUCUUGGCAAAUCAUUACAUUACAUAAAUUUUUGUCAGUGAUAUUAGUUCAUCACUAUGAUUGCUCCACCACAACACUGAGUAAAGCAGGAGUUCAUUGGUUCUUUAGCAGAUUGUUGCACUGUGCCUCAAAUUUCAGACAUUUUACAGCCUUUAGACACGGAGGGCUCAGUAAACAAGCAGCAGGCUGGAGGUGAACCACACCUUCUGAGGAAACACAAUAGUCUGUUAGUGCUGCUGGAGUUAGCCAGCAGCAGUAGUAGCAUGUGCCACAAUGCCAUUUCUUAGUCUCCUCACUGCCAGUUUGACAAACAGCCUUUGUCACCAUUGUCUUGUAGCCCAGCAUUGUGUUAUGUUGUGCAGGCAACUUGGAUGACAUGAGACAACCAUGCCUGUGAUGAUCGCCUGAGCUGGUCAUAAAGUUGUUCCACUUGUUGUUAUUCUUGUUAAUGUUGAUUAAGAAUAUAAGACAACAUAAGCCAUGCAGUAUACCAUUAAGCUCAGACCAGUGUGAGGAGUCGAGCCAGUCAUCAUCCAAGGUAUGCUCUAUUACAAAACAGGUCAUUCAUCAUGUGUCUACCACAGCAAGGAUUCAUAUCCUGCUAUACUCUUAUGAGGUGGUUGUAGUUCCCAAGUCUCCACCAUUCAAAUGAGGGAGGGCAAGAAGGAAGUGAUGUGUGUACUCCUUAUUAUCACAAACAAAAAGGAGGCCUCACUCUCAGCUACUGCUCUUACCCAGGUUAGCUCUCAUCAUACUUCCCUAUGUUUCUUGUAAGGAAUUUCUUAAGUAUUUGUUGCUCUCUUCUGUCAAAGUAUUUUACAAGUGCUAAUCUGAUUUGCACUUAGUGGAGUAGAUGUGCAGUUGUAUAUGUAUAUGGCUAAUGUCUUUGUUAUUGAGUGUGGACAAUGAUCUGAAAGAACUUCAUGUAAAUAUAAAUCAUGUGAUGUUGUCUGGUGAAGGUGAAAUGUUCAGAGUUUAGGUGUGUUUGCAAAAAUGUUAUUUAUUGUGUGACUGAUGACUUGCUCUAAUAACUCUGCUAAAGGACAGUGCACAGGAGACUAACUUAUUGAAUACAAUGGAAAAGUUGAUGAAUUGUGAUUUUGAGUGGUUGUACAUUAAUACUAAAAUAUAUUAAAUUCAGGGACAUGGUUCUUGACUUAUUGCCAAAUUUAGCAUUUUAUAAUUGUAUAACUUAUCUCUCCUGGAAAGUAAACUAACACAAGACGUGUGUGUGUGUGUGUGUAUGUGUGUGUGUGUGUGUGUGUGUGUGUGUGUGUGUGUGUUAUAUACUCAAGUUGUGGGAAGUUAUGAUAAGCCUUCAAAACUUCAAGUCAUGCAUCACUGAGAAUUUUACAAUUUCUCUUUUGUUACAACAAAUAGUGAAAAGAUUCAAAAGAUAAAUAAGGGCCAGAGAAUAAGGCAGGAUACCAAUCAUCACUAGAGUUAUGUGUCAUGCGUUCCUAUGGUCACAUAUUUUUAAUUUACUCCUUAGAAUGAUGAGCUGCUCUCCUGCCUCAUUCUACCAAUAAAUACCAAUUUAUUGUUGAUUAAUAAUGACAAUGAAAAUACAAAUAAAUGUUUGUUGGGGAAACUUUUGAACCUAUCCUGUUUACGUAUCAUGCUGCAAUCAAUUUUGCAUUCUUAACAUGGAAAUUAGAAAAGAGAGAGAAAGAGACAGGUCAGGGAUCCCUUCACUUUGCAUUUACAUAUGCCAUAAUAUUGAGAACUGUCAGCUCAUGAUCAAGGAGGUUUUUCUCUUAAGCACUCAUCUUUUCCAUAUAGUAUACCAUUUUAAGUUUUAUGGCAUUGCCCCCUUCUUUCCCAACCAGCUACAGUACUGUAUAGUGAUGUAAGUAUAUUAUAUAUUUGUUAUACUAUACUUAUCAGGUUCUUGUUAUUAACCAUUCAUGUUAUGAAGUCAAUUAGUGACUCCAAAAUCUUAGGUGUAUGUAUUGUAUGGUGCAGUAGAAAGCCCUUUAACCCAUGGCUUAGUUCUCCACUAUCUUCUCAUGACUGUGCCAAACUUUUAUGCAUCAUAUUUCAAGCUUUUUUUUAUUUUUUUAAUAUCAUUAUUUAUUUUUUUUUUUUUUGCCUAAAGUGCCAGUUAGCAUUUUUUACUGCAUUCUUUUUUGUAAGGCUUAGAAGAUCAGCCUCUUAUUUUUGUGGAAGUUUGGUUGAUCAGCUCCAACCCAUGGUGGCACAGGCAGAUUUAUAGAGUGACUCUAGAAGCUCAUGCCACUCCCCAAGAUGCAGUUACCAUCAAAAGAUAGGGUCCAUAGGAUGCAUGAGAGGUACUCUUCAGCCAGUCAACAAUAGCUGGAAAAAUGGCCAGUGUCUAACAGGACUUGAACUUCUGUCCUAGACAUCUGUGUGGAUUGAUUUUGAUUGCUUAUUCAGAAUCCCUAAAUCAUCAUGUAGAUGGUGAAAGCUUUCCACCUCAGAGUUGUUGGUUGUCAAGACCCAGUUCCAGCAAAUUAUAUCAUGUAUGGCUUGUAACAUAAACUGGGGAACACAGCAAAUUGUUUAUUGAUUUCUACAAAUAGUUGCUUUAAGCAGUUAGUGACAGCAUGUACAUUGUCCUAUGGACAACCAAACAGCAGACCCGGGGAAGGGGGGGGAGGUGGAAUCAGUAGUGCAAACAAUACUCCCUCCUGCCACUUCAAUGCGUUCCCCUAAUAAAUAAAAUUGCAACCUAAGCUUCACCAGAUGAAACUUUUAAUAAUUAAAUCUUUAAAACAGUGGUUAGUAAUUCAAACAACUUCAACCUACAUUAAUAUUUCUAUAAAUGACAUCUCAUGAUAUGCAUGUAAAUUUCUGAAGUAAUUCACUGGGUUUAAUAGGUUUCUUCCCUGCCUAUAUAUUGCAAAGGGAAAUAAGUGAUGAUGAUGUAGUACUACAUGCCAGUACAGUGGACCUCCCGUCUGAUAUGAAGGCUUCCCUCGGGGACUUGCCAACACUGACUUAAAUGUCUUGCUGGGCUGGAGGUGAGAGAGGCAGACAGAUAGAAAAUGUGUGUGGUCCUAGGACUAAGGGUGGAGAGGGCAUUAGCAUAGCAGUUAGAGAGAUAGGCAGCAACAGCACCACGCACACCUAUAUCAUGUUGCCAAACUCUAGCAUCUUUAACAGUGAUGUGUUCAGAAAGUGUUCCCUUGUCUGUGCUCUUCCUCGCAGUUGCGUGUCUGUGUCUUAGAAACCUUUGUACUAGUGUAACACCAGCAGUGAUUCAAUGUGUCAUGCUAGGGCUCAUUUAGAAUCCAGUGAGCUGAUCCUCUAGGGUGAAGUAGAAAGUGAUGAUAAAAAUGAACAGUGAUAUUAAUGAAUUUGUUUAAUGUGUACCUAGUAAUCCUACUCCAGAUCUCCGUGGUUGUACUUUUUAAUAUUGUAUUUGUGUAUGUUUCAAAUAAAUACUUCAAAUUUAA